GCCAAAGGCAAUUCACCAUCAUCACAACGAGCUUUACCGCGGCCGAAAAACUGCAAACGAUGGAAAUUUCGAGAGUCAGGAAUUGUGGAAAACAUUGAGAAUACUCAUCAACAAACUGGUCCACUUCAGUUUGAAUCUGGAAAGCGUGGAAUAAUUGUGCAAAUAACUACCUUCGAGGACGCCUUGUUUUGUGCUUGUGCGGGGAGUGUUAUUUUCCUUUGCUGUAUGCUGGAAAAAAGAUAUGCUCCGUGCGGCGUUCCUGUGCUACGCUAGCGUAACGGAAAACUGACCAUUUUGUUAGAAAUCCAGCCGUUCUGAGCAAAGACGGAUUGUUACGGCUAGAAAAUAAGCAAUGAAAAAUCGUGCCCGCUCAGGUUGUUCCGUUUGGUGAAAUUUCGUGCUGAAGAAAAAGAAGAAGACUGUCUGAAAGGAGCACACUAUUUUGCAAGUUGCGCCUCAAAGAAAUAGCAAAAUACAUCAACACCCCCCGGUUGUUUGAUGCUUUAGAGAAGAAAAGUGGUGAAAGUGUUAUAUUUUGGCGGAGUUUCUAGUGAUAACCGUGGCCGCUUCCCUUCGUAUGUGUUGUUUGGGGUUGUCAUUGUUGACGACGCUCUGGAGUGCAGCGGAUCGGAUGUAGUGGCUGUGUUUGGCUAUUGGUUUCUCCGUGGAGUACAAAGCAAGCUGUGUCAACACCUUCUUGGAUAUUGCCCAACGACGCCUCGUAGGAUCCUUUUUUCACCCUAAACAAGCAAACAAAACACCAGAGGGGGGUAACGUUGGCCGCGGAAAAUGGCCGACAUAACGUACCCGACCGGGUGCCGGCCGAUCAACGAGGAUCUCGGACAGGAUGAGCUGAUCCGGAGGCUGAAAACGCUCACUCACACGCUGCAGGCGAUGGGCCAGGACGAGGGCAUGUAUACGCAGUACAUUCCCCUGGCGGUGCACCUGGCGGACGAGUUCUUCCUACAGCAUCCAUCUCGCGAUGUCCAGCUUCUGAUUGCGUGCUGUAUUGCGGAUGUGUUGCGCGUAUACGCGCCCGAGGCACCGUACAAGGAUCAGGACCAGAUCAAGGGCAUCUUCAUGUUCCUCAUCCGGCAAUUGAAUGGGCUGCGCGAUCCGAAGGAUCCGGCAUUCAAGCGGUACUUCUACCUGCUGGAGAAUCUGGCCUAUGUCAAGUCAUUCAACAUGUGCUUCGAGCUCGAGGACUGCCAGGAGGUGUUCUGUACGCUCUUCAGUUUGAUGUUUAAAAUUGUCAAUGACGAGCAUAGUUCCAAAGUUAAAACAUUUAUGCUUGAUGUUCUCGCACCACUUAUUACCGAGUCCGACUCCGUAUCUUACGAUCUGCUCGAUCUCAUUUACAUCAACAUCGUCGAACCGCUGCGUACUCAAAAGCGGAACGCGUACGAGCUGGCAAAGGAACUGAUCGUCAAGACGUCCGACACGCUCGAGGCGUACACGCAGGCAUUCUUUAAUCAGAUCCUGAUCCUGGACAAGUUCGACAAGCAGUAUCAGAUCAUGCCGAAGAUCUACGACGUCAUCUAUGAGCUGAACGUGAUGGCACCAAACAUCCUACUGUCGGUGCUGCCGCAGCUCGAGUGCAAGCUAAAGUCGGCCCUGGAACAGGAACGACUGAAGGCCGUCUCGAUGCUCGCCCGGAUGUUCUCCGAGCCCGGGUCGAACCUGGCGCGCCAGUACGGCCCACUCUGGCGGCACUUUCUCGGCCGGUUCUACGAUAUUGCGGUGCCGAUCCGGAUCAAGUGCGUCCAGAGCACGAUGCACUUCCUGAUCAAUCAUCCCGGUCUGCGCAAGGACAUCAUCGAUAUCCUACGCAACCGGCAGCACGAUUCGGACGAAACGGUUCGCUACGAGGUGGUGAUGGCGAUCGUCGAAACGGCUAAACGGGAUUUCCAGAUCGUGUCGGAGUCGGAGGAUCUGCUCGAGUUCGUCAAGGAGCGCACACUGGACAAGAAGUACAAGAUCCGCAAGGAGGCCAUGAAUGGGUUGGCGAUGAUCUAUAAAAAGUACCUCAGCGACACAAACGUACCGGAGGCGACCAAGCGCGCAGUCAACUGGAUCAAGGACAAGAUCCUGCACGGCUACUACAUGACGGGUAUGGAGGAUCGGCUGCUUGUCGAGCGGCUGCUCAUUACCUGCCUGGUGCCGUACCAGCUGCCCGCCGAGGAGCGCAUGAAGAAGCUAUACCAGCUGCUCGGCACAAUCGACGAUAACGCGACCAAGGCUUUCAUCGAGCUACAGAAGAAUCAGCUUAAAGUGCGCCGCAGCGUCGCCGACUGGAUCAAGCUGCACCGGUUGAAAGAGCUAACGCCGGCGCUGCAGAAAGAGCUCACCGUAAAGUGCGCCAACAUCGCCAAACAGCUGCCGGAUCCGGUGAAGGCACAGGAGUUCCUGCUCAAGUUCUCCGCCCAGAUGCGCAAAGAUCCGAAGCUGAUCGUCGAGAUGGAGACGAUCCUCAAGCGGGACGUGUCGUGCAAAGAAUGUGCCGACACGAUGGCGAUCGUGCUGAAGAAGCUCGGUCAGCCGAUCAUGACCAACAGCUACUACAACACGGUCAAGAUGCUGCUCGAGCGCAUCGCCUCGGUGAUGGUGGACAAGCAGUCGAUCGGUGUACUCAUCGAGCUGAUCCUCGAGUGCAUGAAGGGCCAGACGGAUGUGAUCGAGCAGGUUGGACUGCCGCGUGAAUCAGCUGGCGAGCGUGGCCUCAAGCUGUUGACCGUGCUAGCGUACGUGUUUAGUGCACACUUCCAGCACGACGAAAUUCUCCGGCACAUGAUCGGACUGCUUUCGUUCGAUGAGCCGUAUGCGGCUCCGUACGUGCUGAAGGCGUUCACGUACCUGGGUCGCUACAAGGCAUUGAUUGAUUCACACCCGGGCGUCCUGAAAGAACUGGCACCGCUGUGUAAAGAGUUCGCGAUCGUCGGCACGCCGAAGCAGGCGAAACACGCCAUCCGCUGCAUGUUUGUCAAUACACAGUCUGGUGUCGGUGGUGGUAGCGGUGGCGUCGGCAGUGCAACCACCACCGCCUCAGACCCCUCCUCGGGCGGGCCGGAUCUAUCCGGCAUCGACAUCUUUCCAGAUAUCAUCGAGAGUCUCCGGUUGACGUUGGAUCCGCAGUGCGAACACUACCGCACCGCAAUCGUCACUCUCGGGCAUAUCGCGUACAACCUGCCGGAAAAGUUCCACGUUCAGAUCAAGAACAUUAUCUCUCGCAAGAUCGUCAAGGAGCUGUUGGUGAAGGAGACGGCCGAUGGGCGUGCGAACGUACCGUCGAAGGACUGGUGCGAUGAGGAGGACCUACCGGAGGAGACGCGCUGCAAGGUGGAGGGUCUCAAGACGAUGGCCCGCUGGCUGCUCGGGCUGAAGAAGGACGUCGUGUCGGCGCAGAAGACGUUCCGCAUGCUGAACGCGUUCAUUAGCAAGAAGGGUGAUUUGCUCGAACAGGGUGGCGCACUCUCGUCGGCAGAAAAAUCCUGGCUGCGGCUGAGCGCUGGCAAGGCGAUGCUGAAGAUCUGCGAGCAAAAGGGUGUCGGGGAUCAGUUCAUCGCCGAGCAGUUCUACAACCUUUCCCAGCUGAUGAAUGAUCCAGUACCGGAGGUACGCGAUACUUUCGUGAAGAAACUGCACAAGGGCCUGAACAAGGGCGUCCCGCACAAGUGCCUACCGCUUGACUUUAUGGGCUACUAUGCGCUCGGUGGAAGAGAAAGCGAUCGAAGCCUACUGCAGCAAAUAAAAUCCAACAUUGAAACAGACGUGAAUCGAAGGCGUGAAUACGUGAAAACCUUUGCUACAGUUGAACGAGCUAUGAGCCAGCUGCCCCACAUCCUGCCGGACUAUAUGCUCGUGUUCGCCGUAACCGUUCUGACACACGAUCCCCAGUUCACACGGCCGUCGGAUCCGGCCCAGCUGCGUCACAUCGAGCGAUGCCUCUGGCUCGUGCUGGAGCCGCUCAUCAGCAACAAGGAGUUCUUCUGUCUAGGCUUCUAUAAAAAUCUCAUCGAGCGCAUGAAGAACCACAAGGACGCGCUCAAGCCUGAGGACGAAGAAACGAACCAUAAACUAUGGGCCAUUUGUGAUAUUGCGAUGGGACUCAUACUCACUCGGAUUACAUCGUACGAUUUGCGCGAGUUCCCGGUUGAGGCGCGCAUUCCCUCGAUGUACUUCCAGCCGCAGCCGGAAGACUUCCACAACACGCGCUACUACAUUCCGGACGACAUGUACAACCUGACUGACCGGAGCGGCAAAGGGCCGGCACCCUCCAGCUCGCUCAAGGUUACCGCCGGCCCGUCCAAAACCAAAUCUCCCAUCAGCAGCGCAUCCGGGUCCGGAACCGCAGGCGCAACGGAACGGAAUCAAGCGAAGGCGAACAACAAACGUCUCCAGCUGAACGAAGCCGGCGCCAACAGGGGACACAACGAUGACGAGGACGACGAUGAAGAGGCAGACGAGCACGAGGACGAUGAUGAGGAUGAGGACACCUCACCGCCAGCACCCAAGCGGGCACACAAAGCAUCGGAUUAAAGGGGGGCACGGCAUACUCCAGGUUUGUCCGGGAACGGUUGGUGUUUUUUAUAUAUGUAACUGUAAUUUAUUUAUGUAUCAUAUUAUGUCCGCGGAAGGUCUGCUUGUGUAAAAGGAAGAGGGAUGGAGCAAGUGAUCCCGUUACUCGAUGAUAAGACUAAAAACCGAUUAUUAUAGCUACUAAGACGCUGCAAAAAAAGUAAAUCAUAGAAAACAUUA